AUGGGUAAAAAGGUCAAAAUCGGAAAACAGCGUCGCGAUAAGUAUUAUAAACUCGCUAAGGAAGCUGGUUGGUGUUUGAUAAAAUGAAUUUCAAUAUUGCGCUUGAUAUUUCAAAAAAAUUCCAAGCGAAGUGUAUAGCCUAUUCCGCGCCAGCUUGUCACGUUUUUCUUUCCGCCAAAAGGCCAGGUCAAAUUUGACCAAUUUUCGCUUCAAGACCUUUGUUUCUUUCCGUUAUAAAAGCAGAAAUUUGAUCUAAUUUGGUAUACGGUCUUUUUUGGCAGAAAGAAAAACGUAACAAGCUGGCGCGGAAUAGGCUAUACAAACUUUUGCUCUUCGAAACUGCUGAAAAGACAGCGAAUAACAAAACUCUUGAAGAGGAGAUGCUCAAAUUUGAUUCAAUUUGGUGUACGGAAUUUUUGACGAGAAGAAAAACGUGAGAAACUGGCGAGGAAUGGGCUAUAAACGUAUUUAACCAUUUUUAAUAACAAAAAUAUUCAUUCACUAAAAAAACCCCCUGAAAAUUAUGCGUUCAGUUUCUUAGGUUUCCAAUUAUUUGUGAAACUCGAUCGUUUACGAGGCCAACGCAAAAAAUUAAGAUGUGUUCUUCGUAAGUCGAUUUUUCGAGCUUAAGGCUACCGGUCGCGUGCUGCGUUCAAGUUGAUCCAGUUGAACAAGAGAUUCGAAUUUUUACAAAAGUCGAGAGCGACUGUCGAUUUAUGUGCUGCUCCGGGAGGAUGGAUGCAAGUUGCAGCUCAGAAUAUGCCAGUUUCCAGCCUCAUUAUCGGUUCAUAUAUUUAUAACCGUUUCAUAAGUUUUAUUCCUUUGAUUACAGGCGUGGAUUUGGCUCCCAUCAAACCUAUCAAAAACUGUAUAGCACUGCAAGGUGAUAUUACUACGCAGGAAACACGAACCGCAAUUAAGAAAGAGCUGAAUACGUGGAGUGUAUGAUUAUAGAUUGGCAUCUCAGUGAGGAUUUCGGUUUUAGGCGGACUGUGUUCUUCAUGACGGUGCUCCCAAUGUCGGUCUCAACUGGACGCACGACGCUUUCCAACAAAAUUGUCUUACUUUGUCUGCCUUGAAACUGGGAACGCAAAUUUUGCGGAAAGGGGGCACAUUCGUUACAAAAGUAUGUGUGAUGCGAUUUUCACUUAAAAAAGCCAUGUUAGGGUCAUAUUGUGCACGACCAAAAUUGGCCGAGAAAGAAGUUCCAAAAGAUAACAUCUUCUUUCACAUUGCUUUCCCCUAGUAUAUUUAAGAGAUUUCGCCACGAAUCCAGAAUAUCUCUUAGUUCUGUGUUCGAAUUGUUUUAACAAAAUUCAGAAUGGCCUUCGAGAGUGCAAAAUAUAACUAAAUUUUGGAUUGUCAAAUAAUCAUAAAUAGUUUGGCGAAAUUAGUUUGAAAAAGACAAAAAGACCAUGCUGAAUUAAUCAAUAUGCGUUUUUUUUUCAAUUUCAAAAGAGCCGAAGCUUGAAUGUCAUGACUUUUUUUUGUGGAGAAAUGAAACUUUCAUUUUUUUCAGGUCUUCCGUUCUAAUGACUACUCUUGCUUGAUCCGUGUUUUUGAAAAACUAUUCAAACGGGUUCACGUUUGGAAGCCAGCAGCAUCUCGUCUUGAAUCUGCUGAGAUUUUCGUUGUUUGUGAGCAAUACUUGAAGCCGGAAAAGGUGAAUAAUGAGAAGUGAAGUAGUAUUUGUUUUUUGAGGUUGGCGCUGAGUUCCUGGACCCCAAAAAGGUGUUCGCCAAUCCAGACGGUUCGGAAGUCAAGAAAGUGAACCCGUAAGAUUUUUUCUCUGCGUUUGAAGGGAAUAAUAUUUUUCCAGCCAAAAUCUUCUUAUCGGCAAACAGAAAAAGGCGCGAGCUGAAGGUUACGAAACUGAAUCGCUUGCCAUUUUCUCCAAAGUCGACGCCACAAAGUUCAUUUUGAGCCAUGUAAGGAUUGUUAUGUGAUUCGGCAUCAUACCAAAAUGUCAAACUUUUAUUUUUCGAUAUCCAAUCCUCUUUUCCUUGUUCCACAGUUACUUAUAAUUUUGAUUUUUUUUUUAUAGGAAUAUCUCGAUGUCUUGGGUAGCGCCAAUGAAGUUGUCCUUGACCAGGAUAAGUGGCGAAAUUCGGUAGAAACCACUGAAGAGGUUUGAUUGGACUUUUUUCAAGAAUAAUGCUAAUUUUUUAGGUGAAAGAGUAUUUGCGCGAUCUAAAAGUUUGUGGACCUCGAGAAUUGCGGAUUCUGCUAAGGUGGCGUAAGGCUAUGAGACAAAUUCUGGAGAAGGAAAAGGAAGAAAUUGAAAAGUUAAUUGGUCACUUCUUGACCUGCAGUAAGAUUUUUUUUUCAGAGAGAAGGCGGGAGAAGCUGGUGAAGUUGAAGAAGAGCCUAUGGACGAAGAUGCCGUUGAGUGAGUUUAAAUCAAAGAAGUUUGAAAUCUCAUUUUUUUUUUUAGAGAUCAGGCUAUGGCGGAAAUCGACGAAAUGAUCGCGAAAGCUUCUGAAGAGGAAAAGGCAGAGUUGAAGAAGUACUCAAUUUAUUUGAAGUCUUAAAAAAUCAAAGGAAUUUUCUAGAAAGAAAAAGAAGAUGUUGAAAGCAAAAGCUCGUAUCAUGAAACGUCGGGAUUUGAAAAUGAUCAUCGACGGAGAUCCGGGAAUACAAGAUGAAGACCUUGAAAUUUUCAGUUUACGACGAAUUCGAAAAGUUUAAACAUUAUUUUCAAUUCAACCCUAAAAAUAAACAUAUAUCAGAGCCGUGAGUUGGCAGAAUUGACGAAGGAUUCUGUACAAGCUCCAGAUGAAGUCGACGGAGAAGAAGAAGGUCUUGGAGAUGGAGAGUGGGAAACGCUGGAAAACGAAGCAGUAGAAAAGUUUGAUAAUUUUUUGUAAACUUAGGGACAUGUGUCUUCCAUUUAAUAGCUCACCAUGCUUGUCAAAUUAUGGAAGGAAAAAUCCAAUUUGUAAAGUGUGAGAAUAUCGAUUUCGAUUCAAUUUGUACUUGCUUGAUUUUCUUGAUGAAACCAACCAGAGCUAUUGAUUUUUGUUCUGAUUUUUUUCUAAACGAUCUCACUGAAGUUUUAUAUGACAAACGAUUGACUUUUAGAGACGAUGAUGAACCACGUGAAGAUUCGGACGAAGAGGAGAACGAACUGGUGCACACUUUGGACAGCGGAUUGUCCAAGGAUAAGAAAAAAGAUCUGCGAACUCAGCGGUGGUUCGAAAGGGUUUUCAAAGCAAUAUUAUUCAAUUUAUUCGUAUGUGUAUUUGCAGGACGAAAUCGCUGGUUUACUGUCCGAUGAAGACGACGAAGAUGAACUUACCGCCGUCGAAAAGCACAUGAACAAGAUGAAAAAGAAUAAAUACGAGAACACCGGUCACUUUUUACGUUCUUGCUCUGAUAUUGAUAUGUUUUCAGUUUCGUUUGAGGAUGAUUCUAAGAAAAAGAAGAAGGACAAGGACGCUGACGACGGCUUCAACACGAAGGACGAUGAAUCCGAUUCGGAAAGCGGCGUUUCAGAAGGCGAAGAUGAGGCUGAAGUCGAAAAAAAGAAGAAGAUCAGCCAGUUCGACGCCGAGAUGGAUUAUGACGAGGAAGAACGAUACGAAGAUGGUACUUUUGAAAUAUAGGAUUUUUUCUGUGUAUUUGCUAGAAAUUAAAACUUAUGGAAAAUUUUUAUUCACCUACUAGCUGUCGUACUUUCUAUGGUCAUUUUACGUGUACAUUUUUGAAAGUAGCAGUGAUGAUAUUUUCAUUUUUAUUUUUUGAAUUUUUGAAGAUCUUUUCGUUAGACAUUAGAUAUCACAUCAGUGAAUUUCGUGGUCCUCGAAAAGAUUUUUUGAAAAACUUUCAAAAAAGUCUCACUUUGGAACUACUCGGACUCGGGUACGCAUUUCGAGUUGAAGCUUUGGUGGCUAAUAGACUCAGGUAAGAGUACUUGGAAACAAGAGAGAUUAUCUGCUAAAUCCCCUAGGCUUCUGAGAAGAAGCUUUUUGAAAAUGAACAGUUUAGGCUUGAAAAUUAUCAAAUUUUUGCUUUUCUCCUUCUUUUGGCGGGAAAAAAGUUUUUUAGAGUUUAUCAUAGCCGAAUCAUUCAAGGCGAUUGUAUUAAAAUAUAAAAUAAGGAAAAAAGCAGUAUUCUGAAAAUUUUUAGGCCUAAUUUUCACAUUUUCUACUAAUUUUUUCUCAGUUUUCUAUCUGGUUUAGCAGAUAUUCUCACUUGUUUUCAAGUAUUCUCACUUAGGUCUAUAAACCACUAAAGUUUGAACUCGAUCCGCGCACCCGAGUCCGAGUAGUUCCCUAGUUAGCUUUUUUUGCCUUCGAGGCAGUCGAGGCCAAUAAGAAAUCUUCCGUACCUUGUAUAAUGCCCGAAGAGAUAUUAUUUCCAUUCAAAGUGUUUUUCAGCGGACAAGAGGGCGACAAAACGAAAAGCCGAGAAAGUUGUCAUUGGAGAGGACUUGAAGCCGAGUUCGUUGUUCUUCUUCGAGAUUUGUUCCAGUUCUUAACUCGAAUUUUUAAGAAGCGAAGAAAAAGCGGCUGACACCGGAACAGAAGGCCCUCGGUGAACAGAUGAUCUACUCGAGUAAAUCUGCUCGUGAACUUGAAGAAUGGGGAUGGAAUAGGUGAAAAAUAUAGUUUUUUUCAAUUUCAUCACUUUUUCGUAUCAUUUUGUCAGGCAUUGAGAAUAAUCGAUUUCCUAAAAUUUGAAUGAAUAGAAUUAAAAAUUGAAAGUUUAUAAGUGAUUAAAAUACAUAUGCCAACUCUUCAAUCGUCUAGUUAAUGUGAAUGUUUUUGAAGGUUCACUAAUAACGAUGAAGGGCUGCCUGAUUGGUUCGUUGAGGAUGAGAAGAAGCACUAUCGAAAAACUCUUCCUGUUACCAAGGUAUAAAUAUUUUUUACCUUGAAAAAAAAGCUUGAUUGAGCGAUUUUCGUUAAAAAAAGUGAAAAAAUGUCCCACUUACUAUCCAUUCGCCUUUGGAACACCGACAUGGUGUUGUGAAGAGCUAGGAAAAAAGAGAAAUAGUUUUCAAACAUGUUAAAAUUACUUUUUUUUUAGGAACAAGUUCAAAGGUAUCGCGAGGAAAUGCGUGAACUGAAUGCCAGGCCUUGCAAGAAGGUUGCUCAAGCAAAAUUGAGAAAGCAGAAGAGGUGAAUAUCCAUUUGAAAUGUAAACUAUAUGAAUAUUUUCAAGAAUGAUCCGUAAAAUGGAAGCCGCCAAGAAGAAAGCUGAAGGCGUUCUUGAGAAUGAUCAGAUGGAGCAUUCGGAGAAGAUGAGAGAAAUGAAGAAGUCUGUUGAUGAUCCUUUUAUGGCAAGAAACUUUUUCAUUGCAGGAUUUAUGCCAAGGCAAAUAGAAAGGAGACGAAAAAGGUAGAGCUUGUGAAGAUGACCAAAGGAAAGAAGGGAACUACGGCAAGGCCAAAUGGAAAAUACAAGCUCGUUGACAAGUAAGAAAUGAUUCAGCUCAUCGUGUUAUCCAAUUCUCUAUUCACCAUUCUGCCGUAAUUCUAAAAAAAACAAGAUAUACCUGAAUUUUCCAGAAAUGAUGUUGAACGAAAUUUUCGCUAAAGAAUUGAAGAUACUGCAAUUAGAAGCUCUUGUUAUGUGCACGGACUCCUUUAAUUAUUUUUCUUUUGAAAUUAUUUAUGCAGAGCUUGAAACUAAAUAAGAAGUUGAACUAUUGUCUGAGUGUCCGAUAAAAUUUCUUCUAGGCCAAUAUUUCACUUCAGGGGCUCUCGCCUUUGUUUCGAAUAAUAGUGAUAAACGUUCUGAAUUCCAGCCGAAUGAAGAAAGAUCUCCGCGCAAUGAAAUCCAAAGAGAAGACGAAAGGUCGUGGAAAGAAGGCUGGACGGGGCCGUUCCAGACGCUGA